UAAUAAUAUUUCGAUUUUUAAUAAAAAAUUUUGCUUGGUUUCUUCUUCCUUUGCUUCUUAUGCGGAAUCCUUCUCCCUCACAAGGCUUCACCAGCAAUCCAAUUUUUCUCUCUUUCACAAGUUUCCUCUCCUCUCAAACGAAAAUUUUGUCUACGAAAUUUCCUCUCUUAAUUUUCCCAGGAAAACUGUUUGUGCAUUGUUGAUCUGUUUAUCCUUCUCGCCUAAUUGUUUCUCUGGUUGUCUCAAUUUAUUAGCAUCAAUUGUAAAUUUCUCAAUUGCCCCAGUUUUUUAUAUGAGGCUAUAAGUUAGUAGGUGUAAAGAAAAUGGAUUAACGCUCUUCGGCUGAGUUUAAUGCUUGGUCCCUGGAGUUCAAGUGGAGGGUUGCAAAAUGUUUAUAAACUUCUUCCCGAUUGUGAAACGCUCCUACAAUGACAAGUGGAUGCUUAAGGAAGCCAAAUGCUUGAUGCUAGACUUAAGCCCUAUACAAUGCCUACAAACCAGUGACCAAAACUGUGUUGUCAGUGAAGGCACCUCUUUUUGGAGGUUGUUUAAAUUCCACUGAACGAUUGUUUGACUGUAUACUGUUCACAUUUGAAAAUGGAAAGAUAUAAAAUUUUGGAAGAGCUUGGUGAUGGCACUUGUGGUUGUGUAUAUAAGGCUCGUGAUUGGAGAACAAAUGAGAUUGUUGCUGUCAAGAAGAUGAAGAGGAAGUUCUUUUUCUGGGAGGAAUACUGGAGGUUACGAGAGAUUAAGGUCCUUCGUAAAUUGUAUCAUCCAAAUAUCAUAAAGUUAAAGGAGGUUGUCCGGGAAAAUAAUGAGGUGUUCCUCAUUUUUGAAUACAUGAACUAUAAUUUGUACCAAAUAAUGAAAGAACAAGGAAGACCCUUUUUGGAGGAUGAGAUUCGUAGCUUUAUGUCUCAACUGCUGCAUGGACUUAGUCACCUACAUAAAAGUGGAUAUUUUCACCGAGAUCUAAAGCCGGAGAAUUUGUUGGUGACAAACGACGUUCUUAAAAUUGCCGAUUUUGGUUUGGCUCGAGAAGUAUCAUCAAUGCCUCCUUACACUGAAUAUGUUUCCACACGCUGGUAUCGAGCACCAGAAGUCUUGCUGCAGUCCAAAUUAUACACUCCUGCAGUUGACAUGUGGGCAACUGGUGCAAUCCUAGCUGAGCUUUUCACUUUAUCCCCAAUUUUCCCUGGUGAAAGUGAGAUAGACCAAUUCUUCAAGAUCUGCUGUGUGCUUGGUACUCCAGACUUGACUGUCUUUCCUGAAGGGACAAAUGCCUCUCGAUUAUAUAGCUUUAUCAAUUCUGAGAAGAUCUUGCCUGCAAACCUCUCCGAUAUCAUUCCAAAUGCAAGCCCAGAAGCUGUUGAUUUGAUCUCGCAACUAUGUUCAUGGGAUCCAUCAAGGAGGCCAACUGCAGAUGAAUCAUUACAACAUCCUUUUUUCCAGGUGGGCUGGAUUCCUCAUUCACUCCCUGAUUCACUUGACCUGAAGCUGAGUAACAUGGGGGCAAAGCCAACACUUGAGUUGAAACUAUCCGAUUUUGGUGCUGAACCUGAGGACUGCUUUCUUGGCUUGACGUUAGCUGUGAAGCCCAGUGUUCCAGACUUCGAUGUGGGCCAUGAUGCACCUCAUCAUAUGAAAGAGGAUGCAUUAUUUUGUUCUGGUUUGGAAGAUCAUUCUGGACGAUCUGUUUUUUGGUCUCUUAUGCCCCCGGAUCAAGGUGGAAUUUGUGCCCCAGUAGAGCCUUCCUUUUCUUUAUCAUUCAGUUCAAUUCAACAUCCAACAGUCAGAGUUCCACAAUCGGCUGGUUACUCCAUCCCAUCCUUGCAGCCAAACAACUUAGAUGGUCGAUUUUUGACCGUGUCCCCUCCCUUCCCACAAAGCCAUUGCCUCUAAGUGAGAUGAUACACUUCUAUUGGAACGAAUGACGUGGGCUGUAAUUUAUUACACAUGAUAAUAUAGUUUUAUUGAGAUCUGUCAUAGUCUGUCAUUGUACUAUGAACAUGUUGAGUGUAUUCAGAAUUUUCUUACUCUCAUUCUUCAAUAUUGUAAAGCCAAUCUUCAAUAUAUUUUCCAAGCACUUGCAUUCUC